UGCCGGUGAAGCCCCCGCCGUUGGGCUAAUUGAGAGGCGAGGGCGAGCGAGCUCCCAGCCCGGCCGGUCCUCGGGGUGGACAGCGGGAGCAGGAAGAGAAGAGGGGGCUCCUGGGGACCCCAAAGCCGAGAGGACCCUAACCCUUCCCCGGGACCCCGGGACCCUCUGCGCCAUGGAGCUGGUCGGAAAGCGGCCCGCCCUGGCCCUGCUGGCCCUGCUGACUCUCCUGGAGGCCCGAGUUACUGCAGAUUUAAUGGAAGACUGCUGCACGGAGGGGAAUAAGUGGGCGACUGAAAAAAGAAAUUGCAAUAUGCCGUACAUUUCAGAAGCCAAAGAAUGCAGAAUGGUCCAGGAACAGUGCUGCCACAGCCAGCUGGAGGAGCUGCAUUGCUCUGCCGGAAUCAACGCCGCCAACGAGGGGGAAGAGUGUGCUGCACACAGUGACAACUCCACCUACGAAGCCAAGUUUGUCAAGAAGUGCUGUCACUGCUGCCUUCUGGGGAAGGCGGCCCAUGCCCAGGGGCAAAGCUGCGAGUACAGCCUCCUGAUUGGCUACCAGUGCGGACUCGUCUUCCGUGCCUGCUGCGUCAGGGGCCGAGAGGGCGGAGAGGUGCUGUCGCCAGACGAGGAGAAGAAGGAAGCCGAGGAACCGCUGGGAAUAGAUAAAAUUCCUGAAGAAGACCAAGAAGACCCUUAUCUUCAUGACCGCUGCAGGGGAGGUGGUCCCUGCAAGCAGCAGUGUGGGGACACGGGAAGCGCCGUGGUCUGCUCCUGCUUUGUUGGCUAUCAGCUUCUCCCGGACCAGGUCUCCUGCGAAGACAUCAACGAGUGUAUCAGCGGGACGCACAGCUGUCGGAUCGGAGAGAUUUGCAUUAACACGUUGGGAUCUUUCCGCUGUCAGCGAGAGAGCAGUUGUGGAACUGGCUAUGAGCUAAUGGACGACAACACCUGCAGAGAUAUUGACGAAUGUGAGACUGGUAUUCAUAACUGCCCCUCCGAUUUUAUCUGUCAGAAUACGCCGGGAUCUUUCCGCUGCCGACCCAAGCAGCAGUGCAGGACUGGUUUUAUACAAGAAGCUGUAGGCAGCUGUAUCGAUAUCAAUGAGUGCCUAAGCACCAGUGCCCCGUGCCCCGUCGGGCAGACGUGCAUCAACACGGAAGGUUCCUACACGUGCCAGAAAAACGUGCCUAACUGUGGGCGGGGCUAUCACCUCAAUGAGGAAGGAACGCGUUGCGUAGAUGUGGACGAGUGCUCUCCGCCGGCUGAACCUUGCGGCGAAGGUCAUAAAUGUCAUAAUUCCCCUGGGAGUUUCCGCUGUGAGUGCCGGACUGGUUACUACUUCGACGGAAUUAGCCGGACCUGUGUCGACGUGAACGAGUGCCGGCGCUACCCGGGCCGGCUCUGCGGCCACAAGUGCGAGAACACUCCCGGUUCCUACUAUUGCAGCUGCACAGUGGGCUUCAAGCUGUCCUCGGAUGGCCGCUCCUGUGAAGAUUUGAACGAGUGUGACAGCAGUCCCUGCAGCCAAGAAUGUGCCAACGUUUUUGGCUCCUACCAGUGCUACUGUCGCCGGGGCUACCAGCUGAGCGACGUGGAUGGAGUGACCUGUGAAGAUAUCGACGAGUGCGCGCUCCCCACGGGUGGGCACAUCUGCUCCUACCACUGCAUCAACGUCCCUGGGAGCUUCCAAUGCACCUGCCCACCUUCGGGAUACAGAUUGGCCCCUAAUGGACGCAACUGCCAAGAUAUCAACGAGUGUGUCACCGGAAUCCACAACUGCUCCGUCAACGAGACCUGCUUCAAUGUCCAGGGGUCUUUCCGCUGCCUCUCCUUCCAGUGCCCGGAAAACUACCGCCGGUCUUCGGACUCAGUGAGACACGAGAAGACCGACACCGUCCGCUGUAUUAAGUCCUGUCGGCCCAACGACGUCAACUGUGUGCUGGAUCCGGUCCACACGGUGUCCCAUACGGUCAUCUCUCUUCCCACCUUCCGGGAAUUCGUCCGCCCCGAAGAGAUCAUCUUCUUGCGGGCCAUCACCCCGGCCUACCCCGCCAACCACGCCGACAUCAUCUUUGACAUCACGGAAGGGAAUCUCCGGGACUCCUUCGACAUCAUCAAGCGCUACAUGGACGGCAUGACUGUGGGCGUCGUUCGCCAGGUGAGGCCCAUCGUGGGACCGUUCCACGCCGUCCUGAAGCUGGAGAUGAACUACGUGCUGGGAGGUGUCGUCUCCCACCGCAACGUCGUCCACGUUCACAUCUUCGUCUCCGAGUACUGGUUCUGAGAGCCUGCCGGUCCCCCUUCCCCCUCCCCUGCCGCCUGCCACCCCAACCCUGACCCCCAACUACUCUGACCAAAACCCGCAACCUGUUUGUAAACCCAGUGGCCCGCCACCCCCACUUCUGGCUCGCUGUAGAACGAUGAAACCCACCGUGGGCUCUGGGGAACCGUAAUCGGGUGGAGCGAGAUGAAUGGUUUUCGGAUUUUUUUGUCUUUUUUUGUAUAAAUAAAAUGCUCAACUACC